UCGCUUGCCUUUGCCCUCUCUCUCUGUGCUGCGGGAGAGCGCGCGGCCGAGGGGCUCGGGAGCGCGCCUGGAGCCAGGAGGGCAGCCAGGCCCUGCCUUCCUUCCCUUAUGGAGCCCUCCGCCUCUGGGAAGAGGAGCCUCUCUGGUCUGGAGGUGACUGCCGGUCGUCGAAUACCAUGUGAGCUGAGCCUGGCACAGCGUGGUGGGGAGUAUGAUUUAAUUAUUUGUUCCUGGGAGAAAGAAGCCCCUGUUCAAGAGAACAUUCCUAUCAACAGUCGCUUUAAAUGCUUGCAAGAGGCUGAAGAAACUCUCCUAAUCGACAUAGCAACAAACACUGGCUGCAAGGUUCGAGUGCAAGGCGAUUGGACAGCAGAGCGUCUCUUUGAGAUUCCAGAUGAAGAGCAAUGUUUGGCCUUUCUUGCUGAAGUGUUGAGAGUUCAGAAAGUCCCACCAAAAGUUUCUUUCCCUGAUCAUGGGGACCAUGUCUCCUGGCAUCAAGUGAAAGGGCUCCCGAGGCCUGCUGAGUCCCUCUCUGCAGGGACUCUAGGAUUUGAAGAUAACUUCAAUGCCAUGAGUUUGGAGAAGAAAAGAAACCUGCAGAAUCAGCAAAUGAGUGCCCACCGGGAGCCUCCGCCACCCCCUCUGCCACCAAAUAGGCCGGGAUUCCGUGAGAAGGAAAGCAUCAACAAGGACCAGCCUAAAGUAAGCAACACAAUGCGGAUGCUCUUUGUGCCUUCUACACAUACGCAGUCUGGGCAGAGGGAGGGCCUCAUCAAGCACGCUAUUGCCAAGAGAGAAAAGGAGUAUGUCAACAUCCAGAAUUUCAGGUGAGAGCCUUAUUUUGUUGUGGGAACAUGGAAUGUGAAGGGCCAGUCCCCGGAUAGUGGAUUGGAACCUGGCUGAAACGUGACCCUGAGGCCUCCAGACAUCUAUUGCAUUGGGUUCCAGGAACUGGACCUGAGUACCGAGGCUUUUUUCUACUUUGAGUCAACAAAGGAGCAAGAGUGGCUGAUGGCAGUGGAGAAGGCUCUGCAUUCCAAAGCCAAGUACAAGAAAGUGCAGCUGGUGCGUCUGGUUGGCAUGAUGUUGCUUGUCUUUGCCAGGAAAGAACAUUAUGGUUAUAUUAAGGAUGUAAUGCUAGAGACAGUAGGCACAGGCAUCAUGGGGAAGAUGGGUAACAAAGGUGGUGUGGCCAUGAGGUUUGUCUUCCACAAUACCAGCUUCUGCAUUGUCAACUCCCAUCUAGCUGCCCAUGUAGAAGACUUUGAGCGGCGAAACCAAGAUUACAAGGACAUCUGUGCCCGGAUGAGCUUCCUGCCUCCUGACCAGGGUCUGCCACAACUGACAAUCAUGAAACAUGAUGUUGUCAUCUGGUUGGGAGAUUUGAACUAUAGGCUUUGCCUUCCUGAUGCCAAUGAAGUGAAAACUCUGAUCAGUAAAAAUGAGCUUCAGAAACUGCUGACAUAUGACCAGCUAAAUAUUCAGCGUGCUCAAAAGACAGCUUUUGCUGAUUUUACAGAAGGAGAGAUCAAGUUCAUCCCCACAUAUAAAUUUGAUUCGAAAACAGAUCGCUGGGAUUCCAGUGGGAAAUGCCGAGUACCAGCAUGGUGUGAUCGAAUCCUUUGGAGGGGAACUGGCAUCAAUCAGCUCCACUAUCGCAGCCACAUGGAACUAAAAACAAGUGACCACAAGCCUGUCAGCUCACUCUUCCUCAUUGGGGUGAAGGUGGUAGAUGACCGGCGGUAUCGGAAAGUGUUUGAAGAUAUUGUCCGGAUGAUGGAUAGGAUGGAGAAUGAUUUUCUUCCGUCACUGGAGUUGAGCAGGAGGGAGUUUACAUUUGAGAAUGUGAAGUUUCGGCAGCUACGGAAGGAGAAGUUUCAGAUCACAAACAAUGGACAGGUGACCUGCCAUUUCUCCUUCAUCCCCAAGCUCAACGACAGCCAGUACUGUAAGCCAUGGCUUCGCGCUGAGCCCUUUGAGGGCUACUUAGAGCCAAAUGAGACAGUAGAUAUCUCCUUAGAUGUGUAUGUCAGCAAGGACUCAGUGACACUACUCAAUUCUGGGGAGGACAAGAUUGAAGAUAUCCUUGUUCUUCAUCUGGACCGAGGCAAAGAUUACUUCCUCACCAUCAGUGGUAGCUACCUGCCCAGCUGCUUCGGGACCUCCUUGGAGACCCUGUGUCGGAUGAGGCGGCCAAUCCGUGAGGUCCCUGUCACAAAGCUCAUUGAUCUGGGAGAAGACAGCUUCAUAGAAAAGGAGAAGUCUCUUUUGGAUAUGGCACCCCAGGACAGUGAGGAUUCUUCCAGUGAGCGACCUUUGCAUAUACCCAAGGAGAUCUGGCUCUUGGUGGACCACCUCUUCAAGAAUGCCUGCCAUCAGGAGGACCUCUUCCAGACGCCAGGCAUGCAGGAUGAACUACAAGACAUCAUUGAGUGCCUAGACACCAGUAUUCCUGAAACAAUACCUGGUAGCAACCACUCAGUGGCUGAAGCUCUACUCAUCUUCUUGGAGGCAUUACCAGAACCAGUUGUUUGUUAUGAACUGUAUCAACGCUGCCUUGACUGCUCCCAUGAUAGCCGUCUCUGCCGGCAGGUGAUCUGCCAGUUGCCACGAUCUCACCGGAACGUGUUUCGCUAUGUGAUGGCAUUCCUGCGGGAGCUUCUGAAAUACUCGGAGAGUAACAAUGUCAGUGCCAAUAUGCUAGCCACACUUUUUGCCAGCCUCCUCCUGCGACCACCACCCAACAUAGUGUCAAAGCAGACUCCUCAGGAUCGGCAGCAUACCAUUAGCUUCCUCUUGGGCUUCCUGUUGGGAGCAGAUGACUACUAAGGUACCAGUUUGCAGUCUCCACAGCAGUUGUGUGGCAAGCUGGGAAAUGGAGGAAGAAGAAAGAAGAGGCCAGAACCAGGCCUGUCUUUUCUGGGACAUCUCUGAGAUGGCUUCUCCCAGCCUUCCUGCUGUCUCCUGUGUGGAAACUCUGUUUCAUCUUGUGCCAGCCCCUUCCCAAAGCUUCAUCCAUGCCAGCUUUCCCCUUGAUGCAGCUGGCUACUUGGCUGCUCCACGUUCAAGUAGAUCUGGAGCUGUGGCAAGUUCAGGAAGGCAGUUUGUUUGCUGGACAUCAGCAGAAAUUUGUUGGCCGCUCCUUCACUCCCCCAGUGCAACGUUCUGCUCCCUUCCUUUGUGUUCCAGCAUUUUUUUAUCACUGACCUUUUUGUGGGUUUCAAGGUUGAUGAACUCCCAGCCUGUCCUGCAAUUGUAGAACCUCCUUUCUCUGCCCCUUAGCCCUGCUGCUGCUGGUUGAGAAGGGCAGGGUUUCCACAGUUGCCCCUGAUAGCUCUUAGCCACCUUUGUACAGUUCAGAUAUCGGCCCCCAUUCUGCCACGUAGAAUGUGUGACCCGUGCCAGUCUCUCUCUGUGAAGUACUAGCCCUUCAUGAAACACUAAGCACUGCCUAGGGGACAAGGGAGGAAAGAAAGCAGCAACAGACAGGAGCAAGACUGUGCCUCAGUUUGGGCUUCCUCCUCCCCUCCCCCCUUCACUGUUUUGCAACUUCUGUUUUUCCAGUUGUCUGUUGGGUUUCUGUUCUUUGUGCACACUCUUUAUCUCUCCCUCUUUUUUUAAACUGUAUAACUUAUUGAGAAACUGUUGUUUCAAAAUAAAUCUCCAUUGUGCAAAACUG